CGCCGUCUUCUACCCGCCGCGCCGCCGCUGCUGGAGCAGCCGCGCCGCCGCCGCGGGCACGAGCACCGCCGCGGGGCCGCGCACCAGGGUCGAGCUCUGCUUCGGGGUCGCGGACCUGCAGGAGGCCGAGAGCUGGGCCGGGGCGGUCCGGGACCGGGCUGCCCGGGUACAGGCGCCCGGGGCGGGCGUCUGGCCGGGCGAGCCGGGCCGCCGGCGCCGGAUGAUGCUGCUGGUGAACCCGGAGAGCGGGAAGGGGGCGGCGCUGAGCCGCUACAACAGCCACAUCCAGCAGAUGCUGAGAGACGCCGGCGUGGCCAACACGCUGGUCAUCACCGAGCGGCAGAAUCACGCCCGGGAGCUGGUCCGAGAGGCCGACCUGUCCCAGUGGGACGCUCUGGUCAUCAUAUCGGGGGACGGACUCCUGUACGAGGUGAUCAACGGGCUGCUGGACCGGUCUGACUGGGCGGACGCCGUCCAGACACCGCUGGGGAUCCUGCCGGGGGGGUCGGGCAACGCGCUGGCCGCCUCGCUGCACCGGUACUGCGGGGGCGGCCCGGUCUCCGGAGAGGAGCUGCUGCUGAGCUGUGGGUUCCUGCUGUGUCAGGGGGCCCCGGCCCCCAUGGACCUGGUGUCGGUGCAGCUGCCCGGCGGGCCCGGCGGGCCCUGCGGCCCCGGCGGCCCCUGCGGGCCCCGGCUCUUCUCCUUCCUGUCGCUGGCCUGGGGCUUCGUGGCCGACGUCGACAUCGAGAGCGAGAAGUACCGGCACGUGGGGGCGGCCCGGUUCACGGUGGGGACGCUGGUGCGUCUGGCGUCUCUGCGGGUCUACAAGGGCCGGCUGGCGUACCUGCCGGCCUGCAGGGACCCUGGCGGCCCGCCGGGCCCCCGGAACGGCCCUGCGUCGCGCUGCGGCGGCCCGGCGUCGCCCCUGAACCCGGACUCCGUCCAGCCCCGGCGGUCCAGAGACCUGUCCGGCGGUAAAACUCAUCACAACUCCUGCCACUCCAACAACUCCCUGAAGGUGCGGAGGAGGACGGAGGCCACGCCCCCCCGUGAUGUCACAGCCCCCCCGGGCCCGCCGGGCCCCCCGGACUCGCUGCUGCCCCCGCUGGACCGGCCGGUGCCGGCCGACUGGGUGACGGUGCAGGACGAGGACUUCGUGCUGGUCCUGGCCAUGUACCAGUCCCACCUGGCCGAGGACCUGCUGGCGGCGCCGGACGCCGCGCUGGACGACGGCGUCAUCCACCUGUUCUACGUGCGGGCGGGAAUCUCCCGCGGCGCGCUGCUGCGGCUGUUCCUGGCCAUGGAGAAGGGCGCGCACCUGGCGGCGCGCUGCCCGCACCUGAGCUACGCCGCGGUGCGGGCGCUGCGGCUGGAGCCGCGCGGGCCGCGCGGCGUCAUCACGGUGGACGGGGAGGUGGUCGGGUACGGCCCGGUGCAGGCCCAGGUGCACGGACGCCUGGCCCGGCUCAUCAGCGGCCGCGGCCACAGGACGCUCAGCUGACGGAGCCGGAGCCGCCCGUUAAUCCGGUCCAGGAGGUGCCGGUACGACGACGGUGGAGACGACCGGACGAUCGGAUCUGUUUCAGUUUCAAACCUCGUAACGCGGAGCCACCGUGUUUGUUCAACACCCGGUUCUGAGAUCAAAUCCGUCUCUGCAGCUCCAUCUGAAAGCUCGUUCAGGUUCGUGAGAACCUCCGUUAUCUCUGGCGUAGCUGCGUAACUCCUCCCUCCCGCUGGUGUUUUUAGCAUCAUGAGCAUUAAAAAGCUUCAGCUAGCGUCGUGGCUGAAAACUGAACCGCUAACCGGCCGUUUCCAUGGAAACACGACGUUCUAACUGCAUAGCUACAAGUUGAGGUUGGCGUAAACGUUAAAAGUCGGCGGUGACUUGGUGCCGCGCGGCUUCAUCAGGUUAGCCUGGCGGAGCCGGCCAGGGAGGGUUGAGACGUGCAGUUCCUCAACUCACCACUAGGGGCGGUUUCUAAAGUUUAUUCUCCAUAAAAACAUUUCAGAUCAUGACAAUUGUACGGUUGGAUUAUAAAUUUGUUUUAUAAUCCAGUACGGAAGCAUAUUGCAUUCACUUGAGACAAAAAAAUCUGCUCUGUUUUUCUGAAUUAACGAGAUAAUUAUCGAGAAAAGUUUUAAUGAAAAAAAAUCGCAAAAUCCUGAGGUGCCUGCGCAAAGUCGACAAACAAAUAACAAUACCAGCUAUAGAACUUAAAGACAAGAGUAUCUCCCAACGUUUCAAACCAAAAGAAAAUUAAAACUUGAUUAAACUGGACAGGAACAUGUUUGUUUCCAUUAAAUCCAGCUCUCUAGUGAAUGACAGAUUCUUGCAAGUUGUGGGGAAUCUGUUAAUUCAGAAAAACAGAGCAGAUUUUUUUUAAUUUUAGCUCGUUAAUUCAGAAAAACAGCUCAAGUGAAUGCAAUACGCUUCCGUAAUCCAGUGCUAUAAUUAAAAAAAAAAAAAAAAUCUUAUAAAUUUGCCCAAAUUUAUGUUUUUAUUUGAAAAAUCUGCAUUAAAAAAUUUUUUUUUUAGUUAUGGCUCUGGUUAGAUGUUAGCUGUUUAGAUAGCAUUGCUUCACUUGGGUUCUGAGCUCUGACGGUAGCUCACACGGCGACGGCGCGCUAACGCUCAGCGGGUGUUGCUUCUGACGUUCCUUCAUUGUACUGUAAACGCAGGACCGGGGGUUGGGAAACGUCGCCAUGCCUUUUAUUUUCACUGCGCACUUUGAUACCACCCCCCGUUAGCACCGCGGCGUCGCAAAACAGACAGGAUGUGUCCAACAUGCGGUGAAACGACAGACGGCUGGAUUUGAUCUGAGUGAUUGUAACGUGAUAUUAGUUUAGCAUCACAGAGUAGCAUGUGCUAGCCAACUAGCAGAUAUAUCUAACUUGGUGAGUGAGCCGAGGUGGGCGAGUCCUCCAGACGCUCGUCAGCUCCUGUUCGGGGCAGAUUCUGAUUUUUAUAAAGAUUCCUGGAGGGCAGAAACACGCCGUUAGCUUCCUGCCGCUACGUCUUCUUAUGAAACGUCAUUAAGGAUUAGCUUCGUUUACACGUCCCUCCCUUAAUCUGUAAAUCUGAGGUUCAUCACACGCCCCGUUUUCCGCUCUUUAACUACGCAGUCGCCAACCAAAGGAACGUUGUUUUUAGCCCGCUAGUUAUUUGGUUUUCCGUUGCUAGCUAGCGCAGCAUGUACACUCGCACAAUUUAGCAUUUUUAAACGCAAAUGAAGCAAAAAAACACGGGAAGGAGGAGUUUCGCAUCCCAAAUAGGCAAAUAAAGGGAGCAGUGAUGUCAUCAUGGCGUAGCGACUGUUUUUACCGCCGGUAGUUUUUACGUUACCGGACACUUCGUCCAAAACCAAAUAUUUUGAUGUGUCUGAGAUCUGAUUGGACGGUUCAGUCGUGUUCUUCAUCAGACGUUAACUCAACGACCGUCUGAAACCACGGAAACCUUUUCACUGUCCGUGUCAACGCCUGCAAAUGUCAUAUCUGUGUAAACGGUGACUUUCCAAGAUGUCAGUUUCCUCCAGCGGGGUUUCCGGGUGGAUUUUUCCGGGGGGGCGGGCCGUUACGGCCCUGAAACGUGGCCUUCAGGAACCGUUACGGGGUCAGAAACAGCCCUGUAGGAGGAGAGGUGAUUCCUGAGAGACUACGUUUCCAUGCAUCAAAAUUCAGGUUAAGGUCAAUAUUCCGGUUACUGAAACAUUGGGGAUAAUGUGUUUCCAUGCGUGAGCUAACAGUUAGUCCGGUCAGUCUGGUUAUUCCGGUUAGUAACCCGUUAGUCCAGUUAGUCCGGUUCAGCCCAACAUGUUACUAAAUACCACGUUUAUCAAAAGAUUUGGUUGCUGCCAUUGUUUUUGCUGUAAAUGACAUUUUAGUAUUUUAUUUAGAAAAAUAAUCAGAUUAUUUCAGAUAACAGUUGUCUGAUUUGUCUAAGAAAAGUAACUGGCGUUCGUACAAAAUGCUGCUUCAACUUUUCUCUCACCUUCUUGUAAAUCUUCUAUCCCGGUACUUUCUACCGUCUACAAAUGCAGAAAUGUUCAUAUCCUUCAUUACAUUUAUGAAGUGAUUAGUCUCCUCCUGGUCUUGGUUUCUCCGUGUUUAGAAGAACUUCCUGGACUCAAAAGACCAGGAUUCCUUGUGAACAGAGCAUGUGCAGAAAACAGAUUCCUGUUCCGUUUGAUGGGGAUAUCCCGUUAGGCGUUUACAUGACCCAAUAUUCGGGGUUUAAAAGGAGUAACCCAGGGCUCAUAUUCGGGUUUUUAAAAACCUGAAUAUGAGCAAAUUCUGGUUAUUCAAAGGGGUUAUUGGUGUUUACAUGGCCGUGUAACCGGGUUAUUGCCAAUAUUACGGUUAGAAAAGGGUUUUUUUAUGCAUGGAAACGUAGUCACCUUCAGCAUGAACCCACUCACUCCUGUCUGGGGGGUUUGAUGUGGAAACCUGCCUAAAACCUGGACCAGGAACUAAUCCUGCAGGAACUUCCCCGGCGUCAGUGAUCAGGUCUGAUUCCUGAUCAGUUUUGACUCUAAAAGCAGGACUUUGUUCCUCAGCUGCUGAUUGAUGAGCUUCUCUUUUGUUUCCUCCGUCCCAGCAGCCCCCCCUGCUCCUCUGCUGCUGUUUUCCUGCAGACCCCCCCACUACGCCCCACUAAACCCCCCCACUAAACCCCCACUACGUCCCCACUACCCCCCCUGCAGCUCCUGCUGCAGCUUCAUGCUGCAUUCAUCACCAACGUGUCCUUAUCGCUGCAGAACCAGAGAACGUGAUGCGUCUCCGAUCUGUUCA